AUGAGGAUAUUCAUCGCCGUUCUCGUCUGGCUCGCAGAGGUGCACUGGAGAAUCGCAACUGCUGUGACACUCCGAGGUGACUUCCCGCGCAGCCGCCAAAACAGCCUGUUAGAGGUUGGAGUAACUAGGUGGGAAUCAACUGCAGACUCUGUGUCUGACAAAAAGGCUCCAUCAUCCAACGCAAAACUUGAGCUCAGCGAUCUCAAGGACAAUGUGGAUUUUCACAUGAACCACCUCAGUGAUGCGCUUAAGGAGAAGCUCAGUAACGCAAUGGAAGUAGUCGAUCCUGCAGAAAUGGAACGACUCAAGGAGGCGUGCGACAAGGUCGAAAACAAAAUCAGGGAGCUACAGGCCACCAUCAAGAGCAAGUGUGACGACUUGGAGGAAAGCGUGAACGAUCAAACUGGAGCGCACAAAAACGCCGAAAUAUAUGAUGCUGUAGAGGCCGCAAAACAACGUCUCAAGAUUUUUGUCGACGAUGGGAUCAAGGAGAUCGAGGAGCAGUUGAACAAGCUUUCUGUAGAGUUCGCCAUUCCAGAAUCUGAAAAUUCUAAUAAAACACAUGAAGGUGAAACACACGUUGACAGCGAUGGUAAUCAAGACAAGGGGCACGAAGACGACACAACAGGGGACGAAGGCACAACAGAAACAUCUAAUGCACAGAAGCCCGUGCGGAACAGCUUGGUCCAACUCAGUGGAGAUAACACAGACAAAGUGUCCGGAAGGCGAUUAACCAAAAGACAAAAGUCAAAUGACAUCACAAACUCAGGUGAACACAGGAGGAAGCAACAAGUUCAUUCUGGAGGCAGUCAACGGCGUGUUCCCAAGCCCAAGGCCAGUGAAGGCAGCAAGGAUGAAGCAAUAACUGGCGCUACCAACGAUGGGAUUAAAAGGCAAUCGAAUAUAUUAAAAGCGAAAAAACAAAGUUCAAACAAAAUCAAUGGUGAAGCAAAUGGCAUCAAAGAUGACGAACGCAGCCAUGCCGCCCAAGAAUCACAAGCCACGGAUGAUGAAACAGGCAAAACCGCUCUAGAGCAGGCCAGAAUGGAGCGCAAUGAUGCUCUUGUUGAGUCGGAUAACACUCCUAUGGCACAGGGCAAAGACGGUGAAAAGAACAUCAACCAGCGCAAACCAGAAGCAUCGGAGAACACCGUCGCAGCGACAACGACGCCCAACUCGGAGACAGAACAAACUUCUAAGCUCGCCAAAGUACCGCCUACAGCUAUCACAAGAACAGUGGAGCAGUAUCUGCAGACCCUGAACUCGGAAGCAGAAAAACUCAUCAGCGAUAUUCAGUCGGGGUUACUACAUAGGACUAAGACUUAUUAG